AUGCAGCCGCUGGUGCGAACGAGCCGGCCGUCCUAUGCCAUGUCUGGUGCACUGAGGGAUUGCUUCCCCAGGCCGACGAGCGAAAGCUUUCAGCACAAUGGGCUGUCCCCGAGCGGGCAAGAGACCAAGUACCGGAUCAGUCGCCAAAAGGACCUGGAGGACGACGACAGGAGCGCGCGGGUGGAAAUCGGCAGCUUGGUGCUGAACCAUGAGGACGAGAGGGGGAGGGACUUUGCCCAGGAGGUCUUUACCGUGUCCUACAAGGGCAAAGUGAUCUGCCAGUCGAGCGAUGCUAGGGCGCGGGCUUCCAGAUUCGACAAGCCCAUGGCGGUUCGCGAAGGAUCUGCUGAAGCUGUCUUGGAAGUGCUGAAGGAGGUGGCAGCUUCGGAGCAGCUCUCCGUCCAGGACUUCGUCAACGCGCUUCCCCGGGACUUCUCCUGGGUCUUGAAGAUGCCUGGGAGCUGA